AUGAAAUCGCAAAAUUUCGAGUUACCAAUGAUUCUUGCAAAUUUGCAAUAGAAUAAUACCAUCUUUCGUAAAACCAAUUAUAAUAUUGGUAUUUUUAUAAAUUCAAUUAUAGGACCUUCUUUCAACUGA